GAAUCGACAUUCUUGGAAGUGCAAAGAUGAAGCUCUACAUUGUAAAGGUUUCCCCAGCUUGCCGUGCAGUGUGGCUUUACUGCCUUCGCAAUAAGCUUCAAGUUGAAAUAAUCGAAGUUGAUCUUUUUGCAGGUGAACACAAAACAGAUGAAUUUCUUCAACUAAACCCUCAUGGGGAAGUUCCUGUAUUAGUUGACGGUGAAACCUCUGUUUUUGAGGCUUGUGCAAUUUUGCGAUACUUGGCUUACAAAUAUACCAACCAUAAAGACUUUGGAAACUCAAUGCCCGAUAGAAUGAAGGCUUUGUCCUUCAUUACUUGGGCAUCAUCAGAAGUGCACAGAAUUGUAGGAUACAGAAUUGUUUACCCACAAUUCUUUGAAAAGUAUCAUCUUGCCAAUGAAGCUAAUGAUGCAUUAAUUGACAAAGGCACAGAAGAAUUAACAAAAAUUUUAGAGACAAUUGAAAACCAUGUUCUUCCAUCCAACUUUCUUGGUGGCAAUGAUAUCAACAUUGCAGAUCUAUAUGUUGGCACCAUUCUCACACAGCUUGAGUGGAUAGAAUUUGAUUUUGCCCUAUGGCCAAAUACAUCUUGUUGGCUAAGAAGUUUAAAGCAAAGUCCACAUUGGCAAAAAGUCCACGAAAAGCAUGAUGGGUUCCUAAGGGAGCUCAAGAAAUAAAACUUUGUAUUCCUUGUAGUUAAAAGUUAAUGAAGUUUAAAUUGUUGUAGUUUAAAUUUUAGCUAGAUAAUGAAGGAUGUUAUAAACUAUAUUAUUAAGUUGUUAUUAAGUGUGAGUAAAGUAAAGUGGUGUAGCGAUGAUCCUGGUGACACAAUUAAUUGAAAGGCUCA